AUGGGCCAACCACCCGUUGUACUUGUAACUGGAGUCUUUAUCAAGGAUAAAAAGCCAAUCAUUGUAGAUGAGCGUCGAGAUAGAUCUGUUGACUUGAUGAUAUUCGAUAAACGAUCUAGCAGUGCAACAACGCCUUCUCCAUCAGAACCCUCCAUGCCAAAGUUUUAUCCAUUGGAUGCAUCGCACGGACCAGCUAUGGCAUUGCUCUCAGCGCAUUUACUUCUUGAACCAACCCCGCAACAAACGUCAUUUCCCUUCCAUCAAUAUUUACAACAGCAACCACAACAACAACAACAACCACAAAGCAUGUAUUAUUGUACUCCAAUGUUACCUCCCAUGCCAUCUCAUACCCCACAACAACAUCAGCAGCAUCCACUUGUCACCCCAUUAUAUUCCCAACAACCACCACCAGUACUUGGUUACUAUCCAACACCAUCUCCACAAUCUCCUCUCAACCAAUUACCACAGCUAUCCACUACCCCUUCUUCACACACAAGACGAAAACCUGUACGACCUCUAUAUCAACAACAGCAACACCGAGAUGAUGAGAGGCGUGAUACAAGAACAUCAACCCCACAUCACUAUCAGCAACAACAACAGCAGCAAGAACCACCUCCGCCACGACAACAUCGCAUCCCAAGGAAGCAACCACAAUAUUUAGCCCCCAGUAGCAGUAACAGCAACAGUAGCAACAAUCAAUCUCGAAGAGUAAGAUUUGCGAAUACGUUACAAGUCAUGACCUAUGAUGCGGAAGACGAGGGAGAAGAAGAAGAAGAAGACAAUCUUGUAUGGGAUGACACGCAGGAUGAUUUCUAUCAACAAGAAGAGGAGGAACAACGCCGUAGGCGACGUAAUAACAACAACAGGGUUUUUGGAUUAUAUACACCAUCAGCAAGAAAGAGAUCCUAUCAAUACGCCCCUCAUUCUGCAUCUUAUUAUUAA